AUGGCCCCCAAGAAGAAAGGCGAUGGCCAUGGAGGCCCCAAGCCUGGCACGAAACAGGCCAAAGCUGCCGCUGAGAAAGCAGGCGAUGCGAAAAAGCCAGCGCCCCCAGAGGAGCCCAAGAAACCCUCUGUGAAGGAGGUUAUCGGCGGCGCAUCAUGGACAGGCAAGCUACCAGUCAAUAUGCUGGCAGAGCAUUGCCAGAAGCAAAAAUGGGAGAAACCAGAGUACAGCAUGAUCAAAACAUCCGAUGGCUUUGUUUCCGCCGUUACUAUGAAGAAGAUAGAUUCUAAGACCAAGGAAUUGAUCGUUAUUCCGCCGAUGAAGCUCCCUCCCACCCACAAGCAACUCGCCGGACAUCCCACAGCCCUUGAGGCGCGCCAUUUCGCUGCGGCGUUUGCUCUAUUCAGAGUAUGCAAUAUGCGCAAUAUCCAUAUGAUGAUGCCUCCGACAUACAAGAAACUUUGGAAGGAAGACUUUGGUGCAAUCAAGGCAGCAGAUACUCGGGAAGGCAAGGGCUGGAUGUACGAGGCAGAUCCUUUCUUAGCCAAACAGGAGCGCGAAAGCGCUGCUGCUGAUUUGGUGAAGAAGAGGGCUGAUCGUGAGAAGGCCCAGGCAAAGGAGAAGGCCUCUGGUGUGGACUUAGGGUUAGGGAAUGGCGAUGCCAAGGGGAAACGCAUCUGGUCCCAGGCACCCAAGGUUGACAUGGGAACACGCAUUCGACGAGAUAUUGAAGGGCUUUUACGGCAGCAUACAAUCUGGAACCCCUACGGAGUGAAGAUACCAGAGAAUCAAAAGAAGGCUAUUGUUGAGGAAUUCUCUGGGUUAGGGUUUCGUCGCAGUCACGUUGAUGAAGCUACUGCGGAGUGCAAAGACCGCGAAGAGGUUCUGGAGUGGCUUCUGAUCUAUGUUCCUGAUGAUGACCUCCCGCGGUGGAGUCUGCCAGAAGGUUAUUCAGCUGGAGUUAGUAUCGGUUCGGCCGAUCUUGCUCGUGAAGGCAAGAUAAAGCGCUUGGCUUCAGUGGGUUAUCCAGCUGAUAUGUGCUCUCAAAUUUUGGAUAACAAAAAUGGCGAUGAGUUGACGGCUGCGGAGUACUUGCAAGGUACUCUUGUCCAUGGGUCACAUUUCACAUCUCCAUCUGUGGUCGACGAGGAGGAUGAAGUCUGGACAGAAGAGCAAUCUACCUUGGAGGCCAUUUUCGGUGAGCGCUAUCAUCGUAUCUCUGAAAAGAUUUGCGAGAUCAAUAGCGAGGCCUCUGAUAUUCCAGAGAACACGACCUUCCGCUUCCAAAAGCCCUCUGCUCAUUACCCUACCUCGGCUCCUGUUAUCUCAAUCUACUCCAAGGGUGUCCCAGCUUAUAUACGCCUCAGCGCGAUCCGUCGUGCAGUACAGUAUGCUGAGGAGAAUUACUCUGGUGAAUCUAUGAUAUUUAACAUCCUGGAUUGGCUGGAAGUCAAUCUACCGAAUAUUAUGGAGAAUCCAGGCAAGUUGCGCGAGAUUUCUUCAGUGACAGCCUCAUUAUCUGCUGAAACCACCGAGAUUCCAGUGCGCUCCUCGCGCAAACAGAAGAGGGGCAUUGAUUGGAAGGUCGAUUCGCCACGGAGUUUGGCUGUUAGAGACGCCUGGGAAGCCAAACAGACGACUGCUCCGCAGAUGGACAUGUGUCGGAAACGACAAGCACUCCCUGCAUGGAACACUCAAGACGCUAUCAUUGAAGCAGUCAACUCGCACCAGGUUACUAUCAUUUCCGGUGAAACUGGUAGUGGUAAGAGUACACAAUCCGUACAGUUCAUCCUGGACGAUAUGAUCAAGCGUGGACUUGGAGGCGCUGCCAACAUCAUCUGUACGCAACCGCGUCGAAUCUCAGCCCUCGGUCUCGCCGACCGAGUCAGUGAUGAGCGGUGCGCUACAGUGGGUGAGGAAGUCGGAUAUGUAAUUCGAGGCGAGUCAAAGGCCAAGCCGGGCUCCACAAAGAUCACCUUUGUAACUACUGGUGUUCUGCUUCGUCGUAUUCAGUCUGGUGGUGAUGCGGAUGGCAAUGUCUCGAGCUCCCUCGCGGACGUAUCCCAUGUGGUCGUUGACGAAGUUCACGAGCGCAGUCUGGAUACUGACUUCCUUCUGGCCCUCCUGAGGGAUGUUCUGCGUUAUCGUAAGGACUUAAAGGUUAUUCUUAUGAGUGCCACCCUUGAUGCUGGCAUCUUCAUAAACUACUUUGGUAGUCAGAGGUCUGUUGGGCUGGUCAACAUCCCUGGUCGAACAUUUCCUGUUGAAGAUUACUACUUGGACGAUGUCAUCAGGAACACAGGCUUUGCGCCGGAAGUUGCCGACGAGUGGGACGAUGAAGAGUUUCCUCGUGGCGAAGAGUCCCUGGGCAAAGCCCUAAGAAGUGUAGGCAUGGGAAUCAACUAUGAUCUGAUCGCGUCGACUGUCGAAUACAUUGAUGCCCAGCUAGGAGACCAACCAGGCGGAAUCCUGAUCUUCCUUCCUGGUACACUCGAAAUCGACAGGUGUCUGACAGCAGUGAAAAGAAUCCCCAACACACACCCUCUACCAUUACAUGCGUCUCUACUCCCAGCGGAGCAGCGCCGAGUCUUCCAAAGCCCACCAAAAGGCAAGCGAAAGAUCAUCGCAGCCACAAACGUUGCCGAAACAUCCAUUACAAUCGAAGACGUAGUCGCCGUUAUCGACACAGGCCGAGUCAAAGAAACAAGCUACGACCCGAAAGACAACAUGGUUCGCCUCCAAGAAGUAUGGGCCUCCCAGGCCGCCUGCAAGCAGCGCCGUGGUCGAGCAGGCCGUGUCCGCGCCGGUACAUGCUACAAGCUAUACACUCGCAAAGCAGAAUCAAACAUGGCACAACGUCCCGACCCAGAAAUCCGCCGCGUGCCUCUAGAACAACUCUGCCUCUCAGUGAAAUCAAUGAAAGGAAUCGAAGAUGUGGCAACCUUCCUAGCAAACACAAUCACCCCACCAGAAAGCAUAGCAGUCGAAGGCGCCCUAACCUUCCUGCACCGAGUCGGAGCCCUAGACCACGACAAACUCACAGCCCUAGGCCGCUACCUCUCCAUGAUCCCCGCCGACCUGCGCUGCGCAAAACUAAUGAUCUACGGCUCGAUCUUCGGCUGCAUGGAACCAUGUCUCACAAUCGCUGCCAUGCUAACAGUCAAAAGCCCCUUCGUCUCACCCCGCGAGAAACGCGACGAAGCUGACGCAGCCAAAGCCUCCUUCUCCCGUCUCGGCGACGGCGACCUCCUAACCGACCUUUCAGCCUACCAAGCCUGGUCAGAACGCACCCGCUCUCAGGGCGGGUACUGGGGAACACAGUCAUGGUGCGCAGCGAAUUUCCUCUCGCACCAGACACUACGCGACAUCUCCUCCAACCGCGCCCAGUUCAUCACAUCGCUCAAAGACGCAGGUAUCCUACCCGUCACUUAUUCCGAUGCAAGUACAGCCUGGAACCGCAAUGCGGGUAACAGGAAUUUGAUCCGCGCGCUCGUCGCUGGUGCCUUCCAGCCUCAGGUGGCGCAGAUCUCGUUCCCGGAUAAGAAGUUCGCUAGUUCUGUUACUGGUACUGUGGAGGUUGACCCUGAUGCCCGCACGAUCAAGUACUUCAAUCAGGAGAAUGGGCGUGUCUUCAUUCAUCCUAGUUCUAUUCUCUUCUCGGCGCAGGGUUAUCCUAAUGCGGCUGCUUAUCUUAGUUAUUUUACUAAGAUGGCUACUAGCAAGGUGUUUAUUCGGGAUCUUACUCCCUUCAAUGCAUACUCCCUUCUCCUCUUCUGCGGCUCGAUCGAACUAGAUACCGUAGGUCGCGGUCUAGUAGUAGACGGCUGGCUCCGUCUACGCGGAUGGGCACGCAUCGGCGUGCUCGUUUCACGGCUUCGAACUAUGUUAGAUGAAGCUCUUGCGGAGCGGUUCGAUAGUCCAUCCUUGGGUGUUGACGGAAGCAAUAGUAUUGGUAAUCGUGUGAUUGAAGCUGUGAAAAAGUUGAUUGAGUUCAAUGGACUUGAUCAAUGA